GCAUCUCCAUCAAAAAGGCGACACCGCGGCACACCACCCAUAUCUUCUCUCUCCUUCUCUCCUCUGUACAUCGUCUGCUCUGCCUUUCAUUCACGGAGUUGUCCAAGCAUUCAGCUUUCAUAUUUCACCUGCUGCAGCUGUGAACGAGAGCGUGGUGCACCAAUUUCUUACUUGAUCACAUCCAUUGCAGUGCGUCACCACAAAGCAACGACCAUUGCUAACUUUUUCCUCCUCUCUUCAGAACCAUUUCUCUCGACGCCUUUCACGAUGCCUUCUGCCGUCGCUAAUGGUGCGGCCACCAAUGGCACUGCUGCCACUCCGGCACCAGCAAGCCUCUCUGCCAACGACAACAUCCGCCGUUUCGCAGCUCCUUCUCGUCCUCUCAGCCCUCGCGCCGAACACACUCUCUUCCACGAGAAGACACGAUGCUUCGUCUACGGUCUCCAGCCCCGAGCCGUGCAGGGCAUGCUCGAUUUCGACUUCAUCUGCAAGCGAAAGACCCCUUCUGUGGCCGGUAUUAUCUACACAUUCGGUGGUCAGUUCGUGAGCAAGAUGUACUGGGGAACCAGCGAGACUCUGCUGCCCGUCUACCAAGAUGUGGACAAGGCAAUGGCAAAGCACACGGAUGUUGACACUGUUGUUAACUUCGCAUCUUCCCGAUCUGUCUACCAAUCUACUAUGGAGCUUAUGGAAUUCCCUCAAAUCAAGUCAAUUGCUAUCAUUGCUGAAGGUGUACCCGAGAGACGUGCCCGCGAAAUUCUCCACGUUGCCAAGAAGAAGGGUAUCACCAUCAUCGGUCCCGCAACUGUCGGUGGUAUCAAGCCAGGCUGCUUCAAGAUCGGUAACACUGGUGGUAUGAUGGACAACAUUGUUGCCUCCAAGCUCUACCGCAAGGGAUCCGUGGGAUACGUCUCUAAGUCCGGUGGUAUGUCCAACGAGCUUAACAACAUCAUUGCCAACACAACCGACGGUGUUUACGAGGGUGUUGCCAUUGGUGGUGACAGGUACCCCAGCACAACCUUCAUUGACCAUCUUCUGCGAUACGAAGCCGACCCUGAAUGCAAAAUCCUUAUGCUUUUGGGAGAGGUCGGUGGUGUCGAGGAAUACCGAGUCAUUGAGGCUGUUAAGAACGGAGUCAUCACCAAGCCAAUUGUCGCAUGGGCUAUUGGUACUUGCGCAAGCAUGUUCAAGACUGAGGUUCAGUUCGGACACGCUGGUUCUUUCGCCAACUCUCAGCUCGAGACUGCUGCCGUCAAGAACAAGUCCAUGAAGGAGGCUGGUUUCUUCGUCCCAGAUACCUUCGAGGAUAUGCCAGCUCUUCUCGCCACCGUCUACCAGAGACUUGUUAAGGAUGGAACCAUCAACCCUCAACCCGAGCCAAUCGUACCAAAGAUCCCAAUUGACUACUCAUGGGCUCAAGAACUUGGUCUCAUCCGAAAGCCUGCUGCAUUCAUCUCUACCAUCUCCGACGACCGUGGACAAGAACUCUUGUACGCUGGUAUGCCAAUCUCGGAUGUCUUCAAGGAGGAUAUCGGAAUUGGUGGUGUUAUGUCCCUGCUCUGGUUCCGUCGUCGUCUCCCAGAUUACGCCAGCAAGUUCCUCGAGAUGGUGCUCAUGUUGACUGCCGAUCACGGUCCAGCUGUCUCGGGUGCCAUGAACACCAUCAUCACAACCAGAGCCGGAAAGGAUCUCAUCAGCGCUCUUGUUUCAGGUCUUUUGACCAUCGGUUCAAGAUUCGGUGGUGCUCUUGACGGUGCUGCCGAGGAGUUCACCAAGGCCUUCGACAAGGGUCUUUCCCCACGUGACUUCGUCGAUACCAUGCGCAAGCAGAACAAGCUCAUCCCAGGUAUUGGCCACAAGGUCAAGUCCCGCAACAACCCUGAUCUCCGUGUCGAGCUCGUCAAGGAGUUCGUCAAGAAGCGUUUCCCCAGCUGCAAGAUGCUCGACUAUGCUCUUGCUGUCGAGUCGGUGACCACAUCGAAGAAGGACAACUUGAUCUUGAACGUUGAUGGUGCCGUCGCUGUCUGCUUCGUUGAUCUGAUGCGCAACUGCGGUGCUUUCAGCGCCGAGGAGGCUGAGGAUUACUUGCAAAUGGGUGUCUUGAACGGUCUGUUCGUUCUUGGCCGAUCCAUUGGUCUGAUUGCCCAUUACCUUGAUCAGAAGAGACUGCGCACUGGCUUGUACAGACAUCCUUGGGAUGAUAUCACCUAUCUCCUCCCAAGCUUGUCAAACGGUGCGCCUGGUGCUGAGGGACGUGUGGAGGUGCAAAUGUAGAUUCAUCGAAUGUCUUUUUUUUGCUUUGGCGGAGGAUCCGGAGUUACUCCUUUUACGCUCAGGCUGUGUAGCAUGUAGACCACGACUUGCAUUAACAGCACAUCCUAAUUCAAAAAUGCUGAGAAAUAGAACCAUUAUGAUGAGAGAAUUUUUGUCUUCAUUGCUCCUUGUAUGCAAAGCUUGUUGUGCCAUAGAAAAGCAAUCCAACGCCAGUAAC